UAUCAGCAGCAGUUAACAUUUCCGAGGUGUGUAUGAACGCAGCAUGACGCCGCCUGUGGUGGCUCAUUACAUUAUCUGGCAACCGGAGUGGCAGCGGACAGAAGAGAGAGGGGAUCCCCGGGAUUUUUACACCGAAGCCAGCGAAAUACUAACACCAAACAUCUGAAAAUCGCAGGGGGGGAAACUCAAGUCAAGCUCCUCCUAGACUUCUUGUUCAGCUUGGCAGACCAUUUCCUGCAUUCCUCCGAUUGAACAGCAGAGAAAAGGCCGUGGUGACGUCAUAGUGACAUAUCUGCUCAGAGAUCAGAGAAUUUUUUUUUCUCUCUCGACUCGAGGUGUUUGAGUUUCUUCUCCAACGACAGGAAGCAUGCCGUGCAGUUACCAAAAAAAGAAACAACAGUAGAAUUUAAAUGGGUGAGAGCAGCCAUGUCAGAGGAGGCGGUGCGUCAAACGCGCAGCCAGAAGCGGGCUCUGGAGAGGGACCAUGCAACUAAUCCCGAGUCCUUGGCGGACCUGGACAGUAAACGGGUAAAGCUGGAGAAAGUUGACGGAGCUCCCGCAGCUCCCCUGGCCUUGGUGGCUUCUGGAGCCGAGGGCGUCAAGCUGAAGAGCGAGCAGGCUGCGAAGGUGGCGGCCAGCAUCCUAAAAUCCGGGGAAGUGAAGGCCACCAUCAAGGUGGAGGUGCAGACCGGAGACGAGCCUGUUGACAUGAGCACAUCCAAAAGUGACAUUAAGAAAGAGCGGCAGCCACCGUCGCCGGAUGAUGUGAUCGUUUUAUCAGACAACGAGCCAUCCAGUCCUCUUAUGAAUGGCCACUGCCUCACGAAGACUGACACAGAUAAACUUAUGAAGAGUUCUCCUGAGGAGAGGGAGCGCAUUAUCAAGCAGCUGAAGGAGGAACUGAGACUCCAAGAGGCCAAGCUGGUGCUGCUCAAGAAACUACGGCAGAGCCAGAUUCAGAAGGAGAGCACCGCGCAGAAGUCGACUGGCUCUGUAGCCACUCCUCCUCCUCUGGUGAGAGGCAGCGUUACUUCAAGCAAAGGAGCCCUCCAGGUGACAGGGCGAAGCUCAGGCACGGUGAUCCCUCCUCCCUUGGUGCGGGGUGGGCAACACGUCCCGUCCAAACACAACUCUCAGAUUGUGAUGCCACCCCUGGUCAGAGGGGCACAGCCUAUUGCAAUGACUCCUCAGCAGAUAGCCAGUCUACGUCAGCAACAGCAGCAGCACAGCGGUUCAGGGCCCCCUCCGCUCUUGCUGGCUCCCAGGGCUUCUGUGCCCAAUGUCCAGGUCCAGGGCCAGAGGAUCAUUCAGCAGGGACUCAUUCGGGUGGCUAACGUGGCCAACAGUAAUGUCAUGGUCAACAUCCCUCAGGCCUCUCCAACCAGCCUCAAGGGCUCUUCAGCGUCACCCAACUCCAGCAUCAAUGACUCCCCAGCCAGCCGGCAGGCAGCUGCCAAGCUCGCACUGCGUAAGCAGCUGGAGAAGACGCUGCUGGAGAUCCCUCCACCUAAACCUCCUGCUCCAGAGUUCAACUUCCUGCCUUCAGCAGCCAAUAAUGAGUUCAUCUACUUGUUGGGGCUGGAGGAGGUGGUGCAAAAACUUCUGGAGAUGCACGGCAGGGGUAACCUGGGCCCGUCGGCUGCCAUGGCUAGCUCCAUUCCCAAAGAGCCAUACACCUGCGCCCAGUGUAAGACAGACUUUACCUCCCGCUGGAGAAAGGAGAAGGCUGGGACCAUCCUCUGUGACCAAUGCAUGUCGUCCAAUCAGAAGAAGGCCCUGAAGGCCGAGCACACCAAUCGGCUGAAGGCAGCAUUUGUUAAGGCACUCCAACAGGAGCAGGAGAUUGAGCAGCGUAUCCUCCAGCAGGCGGCCUCCUCCUCCUCUUCCUCCUCUGUCUCCAAAACCACCUCGUCCUCCUCCUCCCUCUCGAUGUCCAAGACUGAGAUGCUGGUGUCCCAGCAGUACAAGCAGGUCAGGGCUGCCAUGCAGCACAGAUCUGUGGCUGGCCACCACUCCACCAUUAAGCAGAAUCAGCUGUCGCACAGCCUCCAGUCUGCGGUGAGCUCUCGUGGCAUGGCUCACUCGUUCACCUCCUCUCAGCUGCAGAGCGCAGCGGCACUGGGCGGCAGGCCAAGCAAGCACGCUGCGGCGCGCCCGCUGCAGCAGGGGGCAAAGGUCGGCGGCGGCAGCAGCGGCAGUAACCAGGGGAACGUGGCCGCUUGGAGGAAGCAGAGCGGUGGCAAUACAGGUGUGACUAUGGCCUAUGUGAACCCCAGCUUGUCUGCCCAUAAGACCACCUCUGCUGUCGAGCGUCAGCGAGAGUACCUGCUGGACAUGAUUCCCUCCCGUUCUAUCUCCCAAGCAGCCAACACAUGGAAAUAAUGCAAUCUUACUCCCUACUGACAUCAUAACUAUUACCCCUCUUAAUAUCAAUAACAGCCAUUCUCAUUAUCAUUCUAAUCCUUUCUAUGGACCCUGCCUCUGGCCAGGAUGGUGCAGGGGAGAAUCAGCCUAGUUUUUUUUUGUUUUUUUUUGGAUACAGGCGUUCCUUCACUUCUUCCUCAGAUAUUUCUGCUACCAUCUUCCUUACCUGAAUCUUUCAUCCCAAAUUGGAGCGACAGCUUGAGCUUCUGGGAUACAAGGAAUCUGUCAGAUAGAGUUUGGGUACCUUUUUUUUUUUUUUUUUUUUUUUUUUGAGGGUUGGGAUUUACAUGGGCGUGUACAAUUUUAAAAACUUCUCCAGCUGAUGUUGCCUCUCCCUCCCUGUAUAUCGGUUGAACUUCCCCAGUUGCACCAAGAGGAAAAAAAAAAAUCCCCGAGCUAACCUGCCUCUGGAUUAGGCAGGGGAAAUAAAAUCACUAUUAUACACAAUAAAAAUACUCGCCUUACGUCCCCCCGACUCCUCUUCUCCAGUCUGAGCCAUUCAGACUCAGGCCCAUGGUGGUGGCCGAACCGAACAUGACCGAAGACCUCAUCACAGGGGGGCUGUGGUUGAGCUUCGAGGACCAUCCACGAAAUAAUAACUGCUUCAGCUUUGCAAAAAUGAAUAAUUAAAGAAAAAAAAAACAAGGACUGUAAAAAUGAUCUCUAUCUGCACACAGACCGCCUCUUCUCUCUAACCCACAGCGUGUAUGAUAGAGAAGUCGUCGUGUGUUGGAUUAUUUUGUAUGGCUGAAUGUUAGGAUUUUGUCUUUUCUUCUAUAAGUCAUAUACUGUGUUUGGAAUAUUGUGCUCCCUGAUACUUUGGAAGUGGCCUAUUGUCGAGGUCUGAAUUUACAGGCUAAUGUUACUGUUGAGGUGGUUUUACAUCUGCUGGGUUCCAUGUUGUGGCCUACUUUUAAAUACUUUGUUUUUUCUAAGAUGAAGAGGAAGAAUAAAGAUUAAAGUUUCACUGACUCAUGUAAAGACACGGAGCGUAUGUUUGGAGGACUAUUCUUAUUGAAUAUUGUAAAAAAAACAAAAACAAAAAAAACGGAAAAAAAAAAAAAACCUUCCAAAGAACUAGUGGAGCCCAAAUGGAAUCCCUUCUGCUAGAAGGUUUCUAGUUUAUUUGAACCCUCUCUGGAUAUAAACAUGAAUUCAUGCUAAACUGAGGGGGUGUAAGGAAUGUCAUAUUUCUGACAUUGUUUUGCUUUUAGUCUUAGGUUGUGGUGCAUUAUUUUUCUUCUAUAGACAAACUGUCUCUGGGUUUAUUUAUAGGGUCAUGUUAGUAAAAAGAUAUAUGCUUAUGCCCUAAGUUUGAAUGGAUCUCCACUUAAAAUGAUUUGUUUUCUCUCGUGUGUCCAGUGGCUCCCGCUCACCUUUUACGAUUGGUCUGAGAGAAGCUUGGACAGCUUUCAGAAUGUAGUUAUGCAAAAACCCCUAUAGCAACAAAAUGACAUGAACUUCUUAGUCUUUAACAUUAAGGUGUGUAUGAUUUAUGUCAGGUCCUUGAAUUGAGCUAACUAUGCCUUUCACAAGCUCUAGUGCAUUUUUAUCAGGUUGCAGCAGCACAGGAUAAGCUAGUGAAGUACAAUAUGUCCUACAUUAAACAGGGGAAUUCCCAUCGCUCACGAGUUAUUAUUUUUUUAAAAAAAACCAUGUGCUGUUUUCUUUAAUUUGAGUCACUGGGGUGGUCUAGUUUCUCUAAGCCUACCACUUAGCAGUGGCUUUUCUCAGACAUUUCUGUGGCUUAUUGGAAAAUGUCACUAAAUUAAAUUGGAUGUGUUGAAUUUCAGCAGUAAAAACCCGAGGAGGACCACCCCGGCAUAUUUUCUCAAUAUCCUCUAUCUGUCCCAUUUUAAUCGUUUUCACAUUGAAACAAUAGUGGUGGUCAUGCCAUCACUGUGUAAUUACAAACCUUGAGCCUUGCUGCCCUGUUGCAUUUGUGUCCUGUAUCCAUAGUGCACUUUUUUUAGCUCACUGAUUAUUGUCAGUCUCCAUACUGAAAGAUGGUGCACUGCAUUAGGUAACUGGGCAUCAGUUGAAGUUUAUCCCGCUGUAUUUGGGGUAUCAUCACUGUACAUUUGGGUUUCAUUUAGGACGGUGCAACAAUGCAGUAUGUGCAUUUUGCUGAUAGAAAUACAAGCGUACAAAAAG